UGCGGCCGCGAGCUGCCCGGAUGUACCCACACACGGCCAUUACCCGGAUGCACACCCACGCCUACGUUAGGGAGGACUAUGAAAAGCGAGCAUUAGACAGGGACGUCUUUGGCCUCUCUAUUUCCCCGGGCUCGGCACAAUGGCGGGCGUACGGUGGGCGCUUAGUCACGGAGCUUUUGACUGGGAUUGCUUAGUUAAAAGAGAGGACACGGGAAGGGAAGGGGAGUAGAGAACGAAGCCGAGGCCAAGGCCAAGGCCGGCCGAGAGCUUGACGCAUCUGUCACGGAUGCCAAGGCGCAGGCGCGCCAAGGUGACAGGAAGCAAACAGUUGAGCCGGAGCCCGAAAGACCGGAGCGCAUGGCUCUCCCUCGGCCAAUAAGAGGUGGGGGCGUGGCCAUCGCCGUCCGCCAACCAAUGGGCGGGAGGGAGCCGGCCGCGGGCCCGCCCCCUGGCCUGACUCGGAAGUGCUUUGGCUUCGGCACAGAGCAGGCGGGUCAGCGUCUGUGCAUCGGUGCAUCUUUCGCUCUCGCUCUCCGCUCUCUCUCUCUCUCCGCUCCCGCUCCGCAUCCGCAGCGCCCGCCGCCGCCGGCACCGCCGCCGUCAUGGUGCGCAAGCUCAAGUUCCACGAGCAGAAGCUCCUGAAGAAGGUGGACUUCCUGAACUGGGAGGCCUUGGACCACAACCUGCACGAGCUGCGCGUGCUGCGACGCUACCGCGUGCAGCGGCGCGAGGACUACACGCGCUACAACCGGCUGAGCCGCGCGGUCCGCGACCUGGCGCGCCGCCUGCGCGACCUGCCCGAGCGCGACCCCUUCCGCGUGCGCGCCUCGGCCGCGCUGCUGGGCAAGCUGUACGCCAUGGGCCUGGUGCCCACCCGCUCCUCGCUGCAGCUCUGCGACACGGUGACGGCGUCGAGCUUCUGCCGCCGCCGCCUGCCCGUGGUGCUGGUCAAGCUGCGCAUGGCGCAGCACCUGCGCGCCGCCGUGGCGUUCGUGGAGCAGGGCCACAUCCGCGUGGGCCCCCACGUGGUCACCGACCCCUCCUGCCUGGUCACCCGCGCCAUGGAGGACCUCAUCACCUGGGUGGACUCGUCCAAGAUCAAGCGCCACGUGCUCAACUACAGCAACGAGCGCGACGACUUCGACCUGGACGACUAGGAGCCCGGGCCGCGAGGAGGAGGAAGCCCCUCCCCCACCCCCACCCCCCGGCCGCAGCCGGACCCCUGCUCCAGAGUGAAUAAAAAGCAUCUGUUUUCCCGCA